AUGCCCAGCAAGGCAGGAAGAGUCCGGAUGCCCGCUGACAACAGGCUACCCGUUUCAGCAUCUCUGAAAACAUCAGAAAUUUGGAAAAAUUCAGUUGGAUAUGAUCCAUAUGCAUCCAUUGAAGAAUUGAAUAACAAGGAGUUAAAAAAAAACGAAUCCAGAAAUGAAGAAAUAAAUGAAAAGGCAAAAAGUUUAUUCAAUUUGGCCGUUCUAACAGGAACCUCUUCAACUACCAUUCCUGGUGCAUGUACGUUAUGCAAUCAUAUUGGUCAUUUGCCGUACCAAUGCAGGAAUUUUAUAACCAUUGAGGAAUUGAACUUCCAGAGGGACAUAAAGGAGGAGGCGGAAGAUGACCUUAAGGAGCGCAAAAAUUUGGGAAUCGUCAGUAGUAGUGACAGUGGUAGUGAAAGUGGUAGUGAGAGUGGUAGUAACAGUGGAAGUGGUAGUGACAGUGGAAGUGACGCAUACGUAAAGCGAAGACGAAGGGAAAAGCAUAAGAAAAAGAAACACAAACUUGAAAAACGACGAGAUAAACAUGAGGAAAGGCGAAAACAUAAACGUGAGGAAAGGCGAAAACAUAAACACGAGGAAAGGCGACGACAUAAACUUGGGGGGAAAAUGGAAAGGGAGAACGAUCAUCACAGUAGCAAAAAACAUUCAAAGUUAAACAUGAAUGAAAAGGAAAAACGGAAAAAGAGGACCAGGGAAAGGGGAAAUGAAGGUGGAGAGAGAAAACGACACAGGAAGAGGAGUUUCUCAAACUAG